AGUGAGACGACGUUGAACUUUCAUUGGUGGCUGAUUUGAUUAGUGGUCAGAGUUAGCAUCCCAAAAACUAUGGUUGUUUGUGAAAUAAAUUACAAACAAAGUCCUACAUCUCAGGCUAUAGUUCGUAAGCAAAAACAAGAACAGAAUAACUUCAGUGACACAUACUUUGUCAAAGUUGGACGGCCGAGUAUAGACGCUUUACUUUUAUUAUGAUAACACUGAGGGAAACUGGUUGUUAGCCAUGAUAACACACACCCCGCCUCUUAAUGUAGCAUUGAGGAUGCUAGCACUGUGAAGACAAGGCGACCAGAAAGUCUACCUGAAGACGAGGACUGACGUUGAGAACAGAACUGUUUAAAGCAAACGGAGGACUUGAUUUGAAGCCCUGCUUUACUCCUCAUGUAGUAGCAGUCAGCCAGGUUAUCUCUAAUAAGCUAUACACUCCACUCCCUGUCACUCCCAAGUCAAACCUGCCCAACCUGUCUGCAACGUGACAAGAAGAGUGGGUGGUUGGAUUAUUUCACAACAGAUUCAACUGUAGGCUCAGGAAGACAGGUGGAGGAGGUGGAGAAGGAGGCCAUGGAGGGAGACAGCACAGAGGACAUUGAGUCUCUCAUGGAGGACAUGGACUACAUCCCUGGUCACUUCCACCUGGAGCUCAACCUGAACUGUGAUCCUGUGGGGCCAGUGAAGCUGAGACUCAGGGACACUUACCUGAAACAGGAGAGUCUGAGAGGAGAGCUGGAGGCUGAGGCUGGGUGUCUACUGUACGCCGUCAGAAAUCUGCUGGGCCUGCUGGCCUUUCAUCUGGAACAGCUGGACACAGCAGAGGAAAUGUUCAGGAGCAUUUGUAAAGAAGACCCUGGUAACCUCAAUGCCUGGGCCAACCUGGGCUACGUCUAUGACAAGCUGAGGAGGGAGGUGGAUGCGGGGGAAUGCGUGGAGAAAGUGUCCCAACUCAUGGGGUUAGAUGCAGGUGAGGCCUCUAAGGAGGAGACCCGGGUCCUGGCGUCCCGCUGCCUGGCUGAACAAGCCUACGUGUAUCCUUACGAUGUGGAGCUGGACGCUGAGGAAGACCUGAGGGAGAGACUGACGGCAGCACUGAUACUGUACAAAAGAGCCCUGGACUAUGGGGGGGAUCUGAUACCGUUGGAAGAAAAGCGUAGCUGGUAUUUUAAAAUGGCAACCAUCUACAUAAGACUCGACGACAUAGUAAAGACCAAAGAGGACUCUGAGUACUCCAGACUUUCUCACUUCAAUAAAGGACUGAGACUCCUUAAAGAAUCAUUACAGUCUGAGAAGACACAAAACAAAGGUCAACAUGCUCUUGCCUGGUGUUAUGUCGGCCUCAUGCUGGAAAGGAAGGAGGAGUUCAGCACGGUGCCCAUGUCCAUACACGACUGUGGCUACUCCGCCUCUGAUCCUCUGUCCUGCUACGGAACUGCCAUAAACCUGGCCAGUGAUGAUGCAUUCACCCUGAACUUUCUGGCAAAGAUCUUCUUCCUGCUGGGCAAACAUGAGAUGGCCACAGGGAUCUGCAACAUGGCCCUGAACGUCCUCCCAGACCCAGAGCUCAACUGGCAGGCUUACUGCACGCGUGCAAAGAUCAAUAUGAUGCUCUACAUCCGGGAUCUGGAGAUUGCAAAACAGGGUAAUGGUGGAAUCCCAGACCGCCAGAAGCUAACUGAGGCCAGAAAAGACUUGGACAAGGUUCUGACUGUACGCCCGUGUCUGCGGACUCACCUGGGAAUGGCACAGGUUUACUACUACAUGGGUGUAGAUGCCCUGCAGGAGAGUCUUUUGGUGGAUGAAGGGGCAGUGAACUGUGCUCUGGUGAGUCUGUCUCAUGCUCUACAGUUUGAGCUGAGUGACAGCCUGCCGGACCUCCAUGUGCUCCGUGGACGCUGCCUCCUGUUGAAAGGCGAGGAGCAGAAUGCUGCAGACUGCUUCAAACGGGCUAUGGAGCUGGAGAGACCUGCAAGCAUGGACACCACAGCUCUGCGCUGCCUCCUACAGGCUCUCCUUGCUCUGUUCAUGCAGGGAGGCCCUGACCCCGUCCAUGCCACCACACAGCUGGAGCAGGCAGUGAAAAAGGCAGAGGAGAGGUACCCUGCAGACACUGUGAAAGCUGAGCUUCGAUGCCUGUACAGGUCUCACACAGCAGAGGUGACAGAGUUAUCACGGGCUCUGAUCAAGACCUGCAGACUGAGCCUGGUGAGGAGGCUGCUGGACACUGUGGUGCCUAAACAAAUUAAUAAGAAGAGACCAAUAUCAAAGUCUUACUCUGUUACAUGAAGCAAAGUGUGCAUUUAAUAGAUAUUCUGGCACAGUUAUUAAUGACAAAAAUGAACUAGCAAGCGCUAUAAAUACACUGUCUGUUCUGUAACUGUAUGUUCUGAAGCUGCAAAUUGAAUCUAUCUAAUGAACGUGAAAAACUUCAGGAAAUGUGGGAUCGACAGAGUAACCUACAGUUAUAGUAUUACAGCAAAGGAUACUUAAAGCAUGUUUUAUGAUUAAGAGCUGGUUGGAAAUGUAAGGUUUGUAUAAAAAGGAUGGUCAUAACUUGUGAGAGCAUUAUUGACUUGAAGAAAGGGAGGUUAGGCGUAUCUAAAAGAAACAUUCAUGGCUCUUUGAGUUAAGAGUUGAAAUACAAAUACUGCACCAUCACUGGAACACUUACUGUAAAUACUCCACCCUGAAAACCAGCAGGUGGGGGUAAACACAGUUAAGAUGGUGCUUAGUUGAUGAAAAUAAGAUGUUGGUGUAAAAAAGAUUUUUAAUAUGGUUAUGUGACAAAUUAAUUAUAACAUUUCAACACCUACAUUCGUUGCACUUAAUGCUUUAUUGAGUGUAAAUAUGUAACCCAGAUCUCAAUCCAACUGGACACCAACUCAUGGUGACUUUCAAUCAGUGUGUUUGAAAGAGUACUUCACCAGUAUCAUCACAAUACCAUGAGAGGAAGUCUUUGAGUGGAAAACAUGUAUUCUCUCCAGUGAGGUUUAAAACACUUUUAGAACAUGUCUUCAUUUUAGACUGCUGUUGAGAAAAAAGAGAAUAACUGUUCCAGUUUGUGUCAGACAUUUAUGCCUGCUGCCAAUAUUGACACCACAUAUUAGUUUAGCCAAGUGUAUAUUGAUUAAACAAUGUUUGAUUUUGUAGUGUGAAAAAUAAAGAUAGUGAACAAAAGUGUUACAACUAAAAUACACAAAACCCUUUGUUGAUUUCAGUCAUCAAUAUAGUAAUCUAUUGACUUAGCUCAUUGCCCUUUGGGUUUGGAGGACUUCCUUGUGUAAUUGGAGGUUAAGCAUCAAAAGAAGCCUAUUUUCAUGUAUAAAAGAGAGAAGAAGAGAAGCA